AUGAGUCAUACUCUCUCUGCGUCUGAGCAUGCGGCCACGCUGCGGGAGCUGUACUCGCAGAUUCGCGCGCUGCGGGUCGAUCUUGCCGCCGAACGGAGGCGCAACGAGAAGCUCACCGCAGAGGCGGGCAAGGCGGACCGGCUGCGGGUUGAGCGCCGCGAGGUCGAGAUGGACAUGGCGGCGGCCAACGCCCGGAUUGCGCGCAUGCAGUCCUCGGUGUCAGAGCUCCGCAGCUCGCUGGCGUCGGCACGGUCGCAAGCAGCGCGCAAGGACGCCGAGAUCGCCUCGCUCCGCACCGCGCUCGCCAGAGCACAAAACGCGCGGUCGGUGGCAGUGGCUGCCGCCACAGAGGCAACACUCCCCACUGCUGCUGCUGCUGCCGCAUCGGUACGACCAGCGAUCACAGAGACUGCAGCCACGACAGGUGUGGCCCAGCUGCCGUUUCGGCCGCCAGCCGUGCCGUCCAACGACCGCAAGCGCAAGCGCACUGAGGACGACAGCACGGAGCCGCCAGUGGCGAGUCCAGAAGCCAAGCGGGCACGCCCACUUCUGACCAAGGCCUCUCCAGAGACGGCGUCGGGUUCUCUGGAGGCGGCGCCGCCGAUGUCAGCGGGCGGCGCACCGCAGUCGCCGGUGCGCGCUGCGGCCAAGGCACGGGUCAAGGCCAGGGCGCCCAAGGCUGUCAAGUCGGCCAAGGCCAGAGAGUGUGGGGGUGCGAGUGAGAGUGGCCAGCCGGUGCCCGAGAUGGCGCGGCGGAACGAACGCGAGGCACGGAUGAUGCACGAGCUCAACAAUCUGUGGUCUGGCAUGGAGAAGCUUCCGCUGGUGGCGAUGGUCGACUCGGAGGCCAACGAGGUUGCAGCGGUGUUGAGCAAGUACGACGCGGCGGUGACGGCGUUUGUGGAGGGCCACGCGGAUGACGAGGUGGCGGUUGUGGUUCGCAAGCUCAAGCGCAAGAUGGUGGGCGUGGACGACAACGACCCGGUAGCGGUCAAGACCAUGCUCUGGCUAGGGCGGUACUUUGCGGGGCGCGGGGCGCGGCCAGAGGGCUCUGUCUUUGUGUUGGACAUGCUGACGGCGUUCCCGGAUCAUCGGUCUCACAAUGAGCGCGAGACGCUUGCGUACCGGACCAAGCUUCUGGCGAUGCUGCUGCUGGCGUGCCCAGGCGUGGGCCAAGUUGCUGGCAGCCUCCCCGAGGCUGUAGCGUCGCCGUCGACCGACGUGGUGGCACUGGUGGUCCUCCUCGUCCUUCGCAAGGCGCUUCUCACCCUCUCGCGGGCUGGCACUGGCUCGGAUGCCAACAUGAUGGCGCGGCAGACGUGGCUCAAGCUCCUGGAGCGGCUGUUCCAGGCCUGCUGGCCCGACGCCGGCCUCGGCCCGGAGACCUCGGUCCGGCUCCGCGAUGUGGCCAGCCAACUGGUGGCCGCCCGGCUGGCGACGCCGGCGUCUGAGUGGCAGCCUGCGCUCGAGCUGGGCAACAUUGGCCCGCGCAACCUGGAGGGCGCCGGCCUGUACUUUGCGCUCGGGCUCGAGCGACUGGUUGAUGCAGCGUGCUCGACCCGUGCCGGCGCACUGGUGCUGGUCACCAACACGCUCGACGAGCUCAUUCCGCACGCGCCGCGGCCGGACAACCCAGACUCGCUGUAUGUGUUCUGUGUGUACUUUGCGCGGCUCCUGCGGGUGCUCCACGACCGACGGACAUGCGGGAGCGGCGGCAACGAGCUUCUUGCCAAGCUUGGGACGCAGAUUUCGGGCCUUGCUGGCCGGCACUGGAGGUGA